AUGCGACUUCCUCAGAGCCAUAGAUAUUCCAAAUGGGUCGUUUGGCUUCCUGCAUCGGUCUCGGCUCUGAGCGGAGAAGUCACUCGCCUCACAGGCAAAAAACCCGUUGCGGCCAUCAAAGAAAAAGCCGUUUAUUCCAAACCCUCUACUCCUCAUCACAGCCCUGUUAGCGUGUGCAAAAAGAUGGCUCCCCUCCUAUACAGCUGUGCGCUAUCUCUACCAAUCCGGAGAGCUUGAAGGCGGGGGGAAAAGAGCCACAGAUCCGAUCAGGUCUUUGAAAGCCUAA